AUGAUGCCUAACAACUAGUACUAGAGUCCGUAAAGUUCUUAAUUGCCUGUACAAAGUUACAAGUACUUGGAAGUUGUGCGUGAAGAGGAUGCUGAAGAUGAGAAACCAACACAUAUUUUUAGCGAAAAUCUAACGGAAAGCCAAACAAGAAUGCUUACUGCCUACACAACUCCAAUGAAGAACAUUAAGCGAAAUGGAGGCAAUUCAUCAUCUUCAGGAAGGAGUCCCUUUUAAGAGCUCUAAAAAUCAAGUUCCAAUUAGGUAAUUCAAAUUACAGAAUGUUUAGAAAAUAUUAACAACUGUAACCCCAAACAAGAAUUCAGUUUUGAAGUUCAGAUGACAUUUUUUUUAAUUUGCAUUUCCCCUUAUUAAAAUGCAUUUACUGUAAUAAAUUACUUUUUCACCCUAUAUCCAAUAUAAACUUUUCAUUUAAUAAUAUUUGAUACCAUAAAUUAAUCUGCAAUUUCAAUACUAUUCAUUUCAAACAAGUAAUUCUAUACUUCUUCCCCUCUCUCUCAAUAAUUAUAAGGAGGUGAAACUCUAUAGUUUAUAGUAUACAUUUCAAUUGAACAAUAAUUAAUAUUUAAAGUAAUGUAAUAAAUUGAUUAAUUCAUAAAUUUUGUUGGAUUAGAGGCGUGUGAUUACGAAAAAACCCUGAUUGGGAUCUCACAUUAUCUGGGAUUCAGAAGGCCAAGCUAUCUAGCUUUGCUAUAUUUGUCCUUUUCCCUGUUGCUGAUUUAUUUAAAUAUUCAACCGCAAUUUAUCAGUGACUUUAUUGGAUUUUGUUUUCCAACCUUUAAAACCUUAUAAGCCUUGAAUUCAAUAUAUGACUCUCAGUUGAAAUGGAUAACUUAUUGGAUAAUGUACUCGCUAGUGGUAUUGAGUCACAAAAUUAUUCUUUAUUACAUUCAAGCAUACACUCUCUAUUACAUUUUGAGAAUCGCAGUCUUUAUAUACUUGUUUUCAAGUGGAGCAGAAAAAUUGUAAUAAUCAAUAGAAAUCCUAUACAAGAAGUAUUCUUAGGGCAUAGAAAGAAAAUUGGAGGAAUUAAAUUAAAAAUUCACUUUUUGA